AUGGCAUCCUUGUCCAUGAUCCUGUCUUCAUCUAGUCUCCCAUUAAGAUCUGAUGCUUUUGGCAGCAAAUUGCAGAGCAUAAGAUCUCUGGCUAUAAAGGGUACCGGGAGUCAGACGGCUAUGAAAGCGAUCGGAGUGAAAGCAAAUAUGGGAGGUGGAGGUGGAGGAGGAGGAGUGGCAAAGUUCAAAGGGACGCAGAUGAGGGAAGAGCAGCUGACAGAGCUGAUAGAGAAGAAAGUGGUAGAAGCAAAGGAAGCAUGCGAGGGAGACGAAAAAUCAGACGAGUGCAAGGUGGCAUGGGACGAGGUGGAGGAGGUGAGCCAAGCAAAGGCCGAUCUCAGGCGCAGGUUGGAGAAGGAGGAUCCUCUCGAGUAUUAUUGUCAAGACAAUCCUGAGACAGACGAGUGUCGCGUCUACGAAGAUUGA